AUGGAUCCAACGAUAAAUUGUUGUGCAUGCCAAAAUAGAGGGCAGUGCAAAAGUUGUGUAUGCAGGAGAAGGGGCUGCACAAACUGUAGAAAUGCUAACUGCCAAUUCAGGGAAGCAGAAGGAAAUCCACAACAAUCCAGGUUUCACCCUUAUGCCAACAAUAGCAGAAGGAAUUCAAGAGGAGGAGAUGGUGUCCCUUCUCUUAAUCAAAUGCUGGAAGAUAGAGCCAGACCUGAAAAUAACAGAGACCAGGGUCAGGCAGUUAGUUUGCAGAACGCCAUUACCUCCAUGCCAGAGGCGGAGUUGCGUGCAAGAGUAUCAGUUGCGGCGACACUGCUUCCUGACGUACUGGCCCCAUACCUCUUGGAAACAAGUGGAUUUUGUUCGGGUAACUUCAGUGUUGCCUCAUGGUGUUGUUGUGGGAAGUGUACCGUUUUCCCUGACCCACGGAUGAAUAUCUGCUGUGGUCAUCCCCACUGCAUCACCACGAGGCCAGAAUUUCGCAACCUAUGUCUCAGACAUGAUGUUAUUGAGAUUGCGAACAUUCUGAACUGGAGUUUCCGAACAAAUCUUGAUCCUAGUUUCAGAGCCAGUACGUUCAGGAACCAGGCAUACCGCAAUUUUGUACUCUGGCAGCAUGGGCGGUUAGGAGCAGGAAGGCGAGUUGUAGUACCAUCCUGUGUCUGUCGUCAGAUACGACUUCGAUUUCCUGAAGUCAAUCCUGUGGACUAUAAGGGCUAUGAGUCUUUAUACUCUGAUUCAGAUUAAAAGAGAAA